AUGCAGCUUGUGCCGCUGCAGGUGUGGCAAACGCAAACUCAAUGCCUGGUCGUUCCUGCGGGCCGUGUUGCCAAGCGUCCAUGCCAAUGGAGGCGUUUGUUGCUAUGCCAGCUUGCGGUGGUGUUGGUGAUUCUUUCGGCACGAUCGCCACCAGCUCUGCUCUGGCCAGGCCGUUUGGCUUACUCUCGAAGUUGGCCUGGCAGCGUUCGCCCUACAGCACACCUUCUGACCAAGGGCUCGCCUUGCAGAACGCAGACGGAGGGCAGUAUUGCGGCACGAGCCGUGGAGGACCCGCACAGGUGGCUGGAGCAGGUAGACUCUCCGCAGGCCCUCGCGUGGGUGGAGGCCCAGAACAACGCCACGCUGCAGGCGAUCGGUGAUCCUCGCUCUGGCAUCCUCUUCAACCGACUCCUCGACACAGAGACCACCGACGUGGGAGAGGAUCCGCUGCGCAAGCUGCCGCAGGUGACGAAGAUCGGGGACCUGUACUACGACUUCUGGUCGGACGCCCGCUUCCCGCGGGGGGUCUGGCGCCGCGCCACCCUGGCGGAGUUCACGAAAUCCGAGCCGUCGUGGGAGGUCAUCCUCAGCUUGGACGAGCUAGGCAGCGCCGAGGGGGAGAGCUGGGUCUGGCGAGGGUAUGCGCUUCUUGACGAGGGGCCGGACACCCGGCGGGCCAUGCUGCAGCUCUCCCGCGGCGGUGCGGAUGCAGUCGUUGCGAGGGAGUUCGACCUGGAGGAGAAGGCGUUUGUGCCUCCCGAGGAGGGAGGUUUCGUUUAG